UUUAAAUGAUAUGAUAUGACAAACUUUCCACAUGGUUAAUUUGUCUAGAAUUUUAUUUUCCAAUUUUAAAGAAUGGCAUAAUUUUCCUAAAGCUUAUGUGGAUAAAGUAAUUGAUGGCCAUUUUCCUAGCUGGUCGGAAGAUAGAGGACUACAAGGACGUAAGCGAAUAAAGAAACCUUACUUUUGGUACGGGGAACAAAGGCCCUGGGAAGAAGGGUGGAAGGUGCUCAACAUGAAAAAGAAGAGGAUGCCACCCGUCAUCGAAAAAAUAGCGAAAUGGGACGUAUUUCGCGGGGAUAGAGUCGAAAUAUUGGUCGGCCCCGACAAAGGAAAACAAGGAAUAGUUAACAUGAUCGUCAAAGAACGGAACUGGGUUUACGUCGAAGGCCUGAACUGCGAAUAUAUAAGGGUGGAAGAUAAAUCGAAGGGCAUCAAGCCGAUGAUGAUAAAGAGGGAACAUCCCCUGAGAGUUCUAGACGAAGUGGCUUUAGUCGACCCAGCUGAUAACCUACCUACCCUUAUAUCGUGGAAGUUUGACGCAAAGGGGGAGAGUGUCAGAGUCUCCGAUAGGUCCAGCAGGAUUAUACCCGUUCCAUCGCUAGCUCACGAAACUCGCGAUUACAAAACCAAAGCGACUUAUUUAGAACAACCUAAGGACACCAAGGCGGAGGACCACCAGGAAAUAACGUAUGUACCGAAACUUAAAUCGUUCGAGGAAGAUAUUGCCGAGACUCUCAAAAUAUCCGAUUACAAGCCUUUUAAAAAUACUCCUCGAUUUUAUUAUUGAUCUUAUUUCUUAUUUUUUUUAUAUAUAACCGCGAUUGAUGAUGAAACCAGCUGUUUACAUUGAUUAAAGUGAGAUAAUUGUUACAUUUCAAUUAAAUUCUAAAUAUAAAUGUGGUUAACGAUGGUUUUAUUUAAAAAAAUAAUAAAGGGAACU